GUGCUGUAUCAGGAAGCCAACAACAAUUACAACAACAGCAGCAGCAGCAGCAGCAGCAGCAGCAGCAACAACAGCAACAGCAGCAACAACAACAGCACCAGCAGCAACAGCAAACCGCAAAUCGGGAAUUAAAUGCGCAGUAUGGACCUGGACCAAGUUUACGGCCCCAAACGGAAGGAAGUUGGAUACAAGGUGGAAGUCGUACAGCCAGUGGUGCAGGAAUCGCAACUACUGGUCCUGGAAGUGGGAGUUCAGGGGUCCAGGCCCCCCCUUUAAACAUUACUGGAUCAGGAGGACAUACCGACAUAUCUGCCACAGGGCGACAGAACUUGGUCCAGUCUCCCAACAUGGGCAUGGGCCAGGGAGGCCCUCAUAAUUCCUCGAAUAGUCAGAAUGCUUUGAAUUCUAGUUCUCAUCAAGUCGGUCCAAAUCUACAUCACUACAGAGGACUUAUUCCUCCAUUUAUGUACAGAGGAAAUUUUUCUGGCGGAUUUCCUUCUCAAUUCCCGGCAAACGCAAAUUCCGGUGGACCUAGACCUCGAUUCAAUUAUCCCUCAGAACGAUUCCCUCCUCCACCGGUUCGUCAACAAGAACGCGAACGCGUUUCCGAAGAAGAAAUCAUUACACGGCCAAUCAUCAAGGAAGAAGAUCUCACACGAAUGGACGAUAUUUCUCGCGAUGCUGGCUGGGCAGCGCACGACGAUAUCGAUUACAAUCAAAAGCUUGCCUUCAGUGACGACGAGCCGGAUCCUGAACCCUCGAAGAAAGAUGAAAAAAAAGACAAUAAGGAAGAGAAAGUAGAAGAGAAUUCGAUAGACGACAAAGAGAAGACGAGAGAGAACCGUGACAACCGCGACAACCGCGACAUUCACGAUAAUAAUCGUGAUUCGAAGGAAUCUCGUGAUCAAGCAAUUCAUCGUUCAUGGACUCAGAAUUCUUUAUCCCGUGAUUAUCGUGGCUCGAAUGGGUCUGGUACCUAUAGCGGCGGUCAGUCGCAACUGCAUUCGGUGCAUUCUUUGAGAGGUGUGGAAGAUGAUGAGGCGUGGAACGAGAGACGCAGACUGAAAGUCGUCGAGGUAGCGUCUGCCGUUGAGCGUGCCCGCCAACGGAAGGAAGAGGAGGAGAAACGAUACCAGGAGUCAACCAGACAAGCGGCAGCUAAAAAAUUGCAAGACUUGGAGCAGAAGUUGAAGGAAAAGCAAGCCAACGAAUCGAAAGGUCUGAUAAGCGUUCCUCCGGUGCCGAUUCCAGUCCCCGAAUGGGAGCGAGAGAGGGAGAACAGGGAGCGUGAGAACAGAGAACGGGAGCGAUUCGAAGGGAAGGACGAAAAGUCGCUGAACCGUGAAUUACGUGAAAACAGAGACGGUCUAAAAGAUGGCAGAGACUCGCGCGAUCAGUUGAUGUCAGACUUUCGACAAGCGGACCGACAAGGUUUCACGAGGCAAGACAGCAUUCGUAGCGAGCGCGAAAGAGAACGAGACCGUGAUCGCGAUCAAAGGGAUACCAGGGAUCGUGAACUGCACGCUUCGUUCUCGCGAUAUUACAAAACUAACUUGCCACCCCGAUUUCAAAAGCAACAAGCGGAAAAGAUCAAUGCCGGUCUUAAUCGAGUUUCUCCCAAUACCGAAAGAUCGGCCGCGCAAGCGGUCCCAUUUUCUCAGCAAUACGAUCCUGGCAGAUGGGUUCACGGCCACAGCUCUUUAAUAGACAACAGCUUGAAAGCAUCGUCGUCCCAUGGUGCCUCGCAACGACGCAGCAGAACGGACUCGGACAUUUCCACUUCGAUGGACGACGAUCGACCUCCAUCCCGAGACUAUCGUGGAUCUCUGCUCCGGGACGAUCGAUAUCGUCACUCCUCGCAUCGGCCGUACGACACGCGCAAGCCAGCCGGUUACUACGACGAGUACACUCGCAGCUGCAGAGACCACGACUACGACGAUAGACACUCGCGCGAUUCUUGGGAACGUGAAAGAUACUUCGACGACAAUAAGGAUCGGGAGUCGAAGGACGGCAUUGAGCCCAGGGAUAACCGAGAGACACGCGACGUUCGCGAUAAUCGUGCAACCAGGGACGCUCGAGAAGCGAGAGAGAUCCGAGAAAGAGACAACAAGGAUAAAAAGGAUUACGAUAAUUAUCUAAAGGAUCCCUUCGACGAUCGUAAUCGCGAGCGUGAACGCGAUCGCGAACGUGAUCGCGAACGUGACCGCGAUCGUGACCGCGAACGUGAUCGUGAACGCGAUCGUGAUCGUGAUCGUGAUCGUGAUCGGGAACGAGAACGGGAGCGAGAGCGUGAACGUGAGCGUGAACGCGAGCGGGAACGUGAACGAGAACGAGAGCGGGAACGAGACCGCGAUCAAAGAGAAAGAUCGGAGAGUACGGAAUGGCGCGAGGAACGCAUCAUUCAAGACAGAAUGAUCGACGCUCGCCGCGAUAUACAGAGGGAGGAACGAAUGGAGCGCAACGAACGUCCGCAGAGACCAGAUUCUCGCGACAGUCGUGCCUCCCGAGAGUCGAAGACGUCGCUACGCGAUGACGAGUCACACAAAUUGCGGGACUGCAGCUCCUGGGUGAACGAAGUGGCCGACUACGAGGAGAAUAAACGCGACGCGUAUCACGAGGAUAUACGCGAGCGAGAGCGAGAGCGAGAGCGAGAGAGAGAACGGAGGCAGCCGUUGGGCCCUGUCACUAAAGAGAGGAUCGAGGCGGACGAAUUGAAGGGCGAGAAGCGUAAUCUGACCCAGUUGAAGCGAGCGAGCUCCGAUCAGGACAAGAAGGAUCAAGCGAUCAAGGAAUCCAUCUCGUCGACCAUGGAGCCGAAGAAGGAGAUGAUGGACGUUUGGAAUAGAAAAAUCGAUCGAGUCAACGAGAGCAAUCGGAUGAUCGAGAGGGGCGAUAAUUCGCCAAAGGCGUGGGCGGACGCUGUUUCUCCGACGUUCGAGAAAGAGGAGGAGAAAGCGUUGGAACCGAUCAAAAGCGAGAAAGACUCGGAAGAUUCGAAGCAGAAUUUCGAGAAGUUGAGCCUGGAGAAAAGGGAGGACUCGUUAAACGAGGACGCGACGGCGGAACAGCAGGCGAAGGAAGACAACAACAAACGGGAGAAGAACAUUCGAAACAGAACGAACAGCGGCGGAUCGAACUCGAGAGUGCGUGACUCUCGGGGUGGACGCCAAUGGGGAAGCACGUACAGCGUGUACGCCCGAGGUUGGCGUGGUCCAGAGACGAGAGGGCGACGAGGUGGGCCCAGAGCCGCCGCUAGACCAGCUUCGGCCAGAAGCGGCUCGUACGGGCACACCGAUUCGGAGAACAGUGCCGACGAGGUGUCCGGCUCGACAGAGUCCGGCAAGGAAGAGAAGAAGUCUGCCAGAUCGCCGAAGCCUAAUCAAAAGGCGGAGAAAGAGGAACGCAACCGCGAAGCAAUGGCGCCGUCCGGUCGAGAUGAGAAACGAGCCGAUUACGCUCAGUCGCAACGUAGCGAGAAGCGAACGUACGACAGUAAGUUGAAUCGCGAAGGUUUCGCCCCUUCGGGUGAACCGUCUCGCCGCGGUCGAGGAAGCAGUUUCCGAAUCCGAAGUACAACUGCCACCGGCAGCCGCAUGGAGGGAUACGGGCCCCCGUCUAGCAAGAGCCCUUUUUCCUCCGAGCGCAACGUCGACGAGAAACCAAACCCCAUGCGACAACAAAAUCCGUCAACGCCCACUCCGGAGAAGGAGAUGAAUUCCCUGCUGCCGUCGCAGGCCGAAUCCGCCGACGAUAAAAUCAUAGCGAAGCAGCAAGCACUCACCGCCGGAAUAACUGGAAAACGUGCCAAAUCCCCGAAUCAACAGUCGUCUCAGUCGCAGUCUCAACAGCAGUCCAAUAAACAGGACGCGAACCAUGCGAGCAGCAACGCAUUGUCUCAAAAGAUGCAAGUUACGAGGAAAGAAGAGUCGCGCUCAAAGAGAACACGCAGUGGAAGCAGGAGGGGUAGAGAUAAUCGUGAAUUGCGUUACCGCGGCAGCGGUAGUAACAUAUCGAAGCAAACGUCUUCGGACGUAGGGAACGAAGAUUGGGAAACCACGUCUGAGAACAGCGAGGAUCACGUGGAGGACCACAAGGAGUCGCGCAACAAUCGUAACAAGCAAUUCUCCGUACGCGCAAGCACGGGUAGUAAUCAAAAUGUAGCGUCGAACAUCCAUUCCCGUAGAAACGAACAGGCGGGGAACAACCGCGAGCAACGCGAGAAAAACGUCAAGUCUUCCAAUACAGCGUCGUCCCGGGCCCCCGGCGCGGAGAAACGAAACUUGCAGAAUUCCAGUUUCGUCGGUCAAAAGAAUCAUUCCAGCAGCAUUCCGCCGUUGAUACAGGCGACUCAAGUACAAAACGGAAGAUCGAGAAAUCAAACGUCUGGCGGUAACUCGACGAGUUCGGGUAAAUCGUUAACGAAAGACAGUACGGUGAAUCGUAUGGACGAGAUAAAGUUAACCGAUUCGAAUUUGGUUAAUCAAGCUCUCAACGACAUCAACAAAAGAUCCCAGGGGAAAGAGAAAAAAGCGAUAAUUGAUUGCGAAAUGGAAACGAGUAACUGCACGGAGGACGGUCCUAGCAUCGUCGAGGACAAAGUCGACUCGGAUGGCUUCCAAGAAGUUCGUUCCAAGAAAAACGUGAAAGAGUCGAGACACGGCCAAAAGGAGGAGACGAAACCUCUGAAGCGUGAAAAAGAGAAGGAUAGAGAGCAGCGGGAUCGUUCCAAGUCGAAAGCAAACGGCGGUUCACAGCAAACAACUUCGUUGCAACAAGUUCAAACUAUACCGCCUAUGCUUGGUCAAGCCAUUCCACAAUCCGCAAGUAUGUUACAGAAACAGUACGACAGAACUUCGCGAAGCCAAAAACUGGCGCCUAGAUUCCAAAAGCAACGAUUAGCCAAGCAGCAGCAGCAGCAGCAGCAGCAGCAGCAACAGCAACAGCAACAACAAAUGUGCGCGUCUGAGCCAAACGACGCGACGAAAAUCAACAAUUCGUCGAGUAACUUUGGUAAAGAGUCGUCGAGCAGCGGCCCUGCACCUCCGCCGUCUGUGAACGCUUGGGACAAGCCGUUCACAACGAGCCAGUUACAAUCGAAUUCUCCGUCAGCUGUACCCGCUGACAUUCAACUGAUACCCGGCUUAUCCACGCAGAACGAUCACGGCCACGUUCACAGUCACGAAGUUAACGAGCAAAUGAACUCUGGCAACAGCAGCCAACGGAAUUCGCCAAACGGCGAGAAGAACGUUGGGAAAAGUUUGAAGGACCAGCUGAUAGAGAAAGGUUCGGUCUCCGACGUGUCCUCGCCGCCCGUGCAAACGUUAAUAUUCGAAAACACGAAUUACUCGAAAACCACCAAGUCUGGCCCGUCCGAUCUAGCUGUGAAAACUAAAUUUCCGAAUCACAUGAAAACGCAGCAACAACGCAUGGAGAAACGCGCCGACUUGGAGGAAGAAGGCAGUGCCGCUGCAACAAUACAGCAACAGCAACAGCAGCAGCAGCAGCAGCAGCAACAGCAACAACAGCAGCAGCCGCCGCAACAGCAAAGUCUGCCGGUAGCGUUUUCGAACAAACCAAACGAUAAUUUGAUAAAGGACAAGAAUCAAGAGCCUAUUCAGAUGCCUCUGUCGUUCAACAAGAACGAGGACAACGCGGAUAUGAAAUUGGACUUCACUUUCGAUUCGGACCUCUCCCAGCUGACCGAGGACAAAAGCAAGAGCUUGGGGAUGACCCGGUCGAUGCACAUGGCCACUGGCCAAAAUACUAUUUCGCCCUCUACUGCCGAGCUUAAUUUAAAAAUCGCGUCUGUGAAGAAAGUUUGGGAGAAUGCGCCUCCCAUGCCAACCGUGGUCGAGCACGAGGAUGGCAAUGUUGUCAGUACUGCCAAUACUUUCCCACAGGCGUUUGAAAGUACGGAUGUUGAUGACAGUUACAGCCCUCAUCAACAAUACACUCAAAAUAACAUGAAAAACGAAAUAACGACGUCGACGAACGUGUGCAAGGUGAGAAAUCAUUUCGCGAACAUUAUAUCAUGUUAUCAUGCAUGUCUGAACUAUUACAUCACUAGAAAUUGAUUCGAUAUAUUCAGU